AAGGGACGGGGGGAAUCGGGGUGGAGUGGAAAGUACCCCGGAGGAUUAACGCUGGGGACGGGGAUGGUAUGGGGGCCCUAAAUUCUAGGCGAGGGUUUGCAACCCCGGAUUAAUUUAAGCAGGCUCCUUCCAAGUUCCCGGCAUCCUCCAAAUGAGAUGGAUUACGAUGCCCUUCGUCCCCAGCCAAUGUUGCAAUCCAGGGCAACAGGCGGGUGCCGGAUAGAGGCGGGAAGCUAGUCUAGAAGUGCUUGCCUUGAAAAUGUGUAGGACAACUGUUGAAGAGCAGUUAGUAUUUUUAUAGAGCUCAGACAACUGCGUUAAGCGUUUUUAUGUAAUUCGAGAUAUAAAUUUGGUUACUUAAGGACCAAACGAGAUUUCUAGGUUAUCUAAAUCUCGAAUUUUAGAUUUUUAGAAACCAGGAGAUUCUAAAUUCUAGUCCCCACCGUAGGCAAAAAUGGUGACUGAGUGACUUUGGGGCACUCUCUCUCAGCCCAGCCCAGCCCACCUCACAGUUGUGGGGAAAAUAGGAGGUAGAAAGAUUAUUGGACAUGUUUACCCCCUUAAGCUGUUUAUAAAAAAAAUAAUAAAGUCAGGAUAUAAAUAAAGAUUAUUGGGCAUGUUUAUAUCCCCUUGAAUUAUUUAUAAAAAUAAUAAAGGCAGGAUAUAAAUAAGUAAACAGAACCCCUUAACCCCUGAGAGUAACUUCAGGCUAUCAAAGAUUUUGUUUCAGAAAUUAUUUUCUAAGAUUUGCCCUUUCCUCCAAUGUUACUGAGUUAUUGUACUGUGGAAAAAAUGUGUUCUACAUCUCCCUCCUCAGAGGCAUAAAUCUGAGACCCGGAGCACCUUCUGAGUGGACUGAAACAGGCAAGGAAGAAUUUGACAGGCCUUAAAUUAUACUGUACUUAUUUUUACUGAGUUGCCUUUGACAUAAAAACUAUACCUUUAUUUCUUUUGGAAAUUUAUAUGAUUGCACAAAAUUUCCCUGAAGUGUUUUGCUUGACCUGUUAUUAAAUACGCUUCUACCAUUCCUCCAAGUUCUGUGGCUAUUUAACCUGAAGAGGAAAUUCUCACUGAAUUUCAAUAUCAUCUUUGGCAACGCAAACUCAAUAUUUUCCUUUAACCUCUGGGCCCAUAACUUGCAUUUUUCUUGCAUUACAAAGCCUCUAUCUAUAUACAAUUUGUUUUCUUUGCCUGUACAGGGCACUUCCCCCUUCUUCCUUGCUUGGGUUUUUGUUUUUUUUUUUUGUUUGUUUUUUGUACAUUAAAUGAGUUCUUCAGAGCCAGCUGGAGAAAGGGGUGUGUAUAAAAUCUGUUUGAGUGACUCACAAGAGGGUGUUGGAUCCUCUGGACUUUCCUUCAUCCGAACUGUUAUCUAGUUGGAGAAGGGUAGAAAUAAGUGGAAGGUAACUUGGUUUCUCUGGAACUCUGAUCUGGCCACUUGGGUACAUUCAGUGGCACCCUUUUAACACAAAGGAGUCUGACCUGUGGGGAGAGAAGCAAAAGUUUGGGAAGACAGAUGUUCAUAAGUUACAGCUGGGAAAAAGCAGGCUGAAUGUAGAAGUGGAGUGGCUUGUGCAAGAGCAUGCACAAGGGUGUAAUCCUAAUAAAUAGGAAAGAGCUUGUUUUUUUGUAAUCUUAAAGUAAAGGGUUAUUUUGUAAUUGUACUUAUUUGCUGCAAAAGAAAUCAGAAGCUUUAUUUCUUUUUAUUCCUUUUUCAUUUUUUCUUUUUUCUUCCUUUCUUUACUACUUUUAUUCUUUAUUAGUUUUGGUUUUUAUAUUCUUUGUAAAACUUUUAAUAAAAUAUAUUGCAACCUCCCCCUCCCACCAAAAGGAUGUGAUCACUUUCCACUACUGAGAAACAAAGAUUUUUGUAGACCAGCUCAGAAUGCAGUUAUGCAGGAAAUCCACAUUUUUAAGGAUUUCAAAAAAAAGAGAGGAAAUGUUGCUCAUUCUUGCUCUCUUGAAUUCUUCCUGACUCUUAACAUUCAGUAUCCUCUGCUGCUGCUACCGGUACAUCUGAUAGUGUGGUCUUAAGGAUGUGUUCCUUUUUUUUUUAGCUGCUCUCUCCUUUUCCACUUUUCUGCAGUUUAUUCCUGAAAUAUGUUUUCAACAGUCCUGAGAAGUAAGAUGUCCAAGACUAAUAGAAAUGUUUCUUCUUAACACCCUUAAGUUGUCCUUUUCUAUUUAAUACAACAAGAUCAGUCUUGGCAAAAGUAUGCUUCAAGCUAAUUUCAAAAAGCACAUAUGUCUCUUGGUGGCAUGCCUUAUUCCCUUUCCUUAUUAUUACAGAAUUUAUUACCCUACCCUGCUGAUUCAUUGCUGAAAACCACCCCAAGUGAUUUCCAAGCAGACAGAAGUAUGUAAGAGGAGAUGUUGUAUUUUUGCAAGCCUGGAGAUGAAGUGAUAAAAAGAAGCAUUGCCAGAUUUCAUUGCUGAUCUGAGCAUCAGAGGUGGAUGGGGGGGGGGAGAGACAACCAAUCAGCAUUUGAGUCUUGAUUGAUUUGUCUUAGUCUUUCUCAGUUGGGAUUGUGAUAUUUGCUAUUGAUUCUGCUUAAGAUUGAUAGUCUUGCCUCUCUCACAGAGCAAGUUGGCAACAACUGGUUUACUUUAAUUGAUUCCAAAAGGAUGAUGAGUCCUGAUUAAUAUUUAGAUAGCCUGAGGGCUGUAGGCUACAGUGAGAAGUGAAGGAUUGUCUCGGAAGAGGCCUCAGUUUGAAUGAAGCUUUAGUAGCCUUGCUCAACUUACUUAGUCUUUAUGACUACGUAGGUAAAUAAUUACCUUAUCUCACAGUGCAAAUUAAAUUAACCACACAUUUUUAUUUUUACUUCAUAGUGUUUCCUCACAAGUGCCAGGUCUGCUUAUUUUGGAUCAACCAAGUGUUGAUCAACUUGGUUAUGAAAGUAAUUGACCAAUCGGCUUGUUGCCAAAGCCUGAUGUUGUGGUCUGAGAGAAAGAGCAAAAGAGCGACUGGCCCAAAGUCACGCAGCUGGCUUUCUUGGCUAAGUCAGAACUAGAACUCGCAGUCGCCUGGUGCUUUAAUCAGACAAAACUGAUUCUCUAAGUUAACCACACAUUUGCUGAAAAUACGUGUUGGGCCAGUACUGCUUUUUAAAUCUGUUAUUAAUCUCUUGUAUCAAAAUAAUAUUCCCUUUUCCCUGUCAUCAAGUUCUCAACCUCAGGUGGUCUGAUCUACCUGCUUUACUUUUCCAUACAUGUGUAUAGGCAAUCAAAAAAAUCACAAAAUCACUUCCUAUUUUUCCCGUUAUAUCCCUUCUUUCUCAAAAUUCAAGUGCAGAGCUGGUGUCACUGCCCUGUGCUCCAUAUUUCCAAUAUUUCUUCCAUUGAUCCAUGCAGAUUGACCUAAUUCUGUAUUUCUUGCCAGCUACAAUGUCACCUGAUGAAAUUGUCUACUUGGCAGUCCUUCUCAUCUCUAUACCUGUUGGCUUCCUCUUCAAGAAAGUGGGUUCAAAGACCAAAAAAUAUGGGGCAGCUUUUGUAGGACUUGCCCUUAUCCUGGUGACUUGCCAGAUCCACAUCCUUCACUCUCUUAUCACCAUCCUGGGGACGUGGCUCAUUAUCAAUAUCUCACCAAGGUAGGUAGGCAUGUUCCAGAUUUUGGAGAAAGACCCUCAGCGGAUGAUGAUGUUCUCCAUGAUAUUCACAAGAUUUUUCCAUGAUCCAGUGCAGAUCUGCAAUAUGGUCAUGGGUGUCAUGACCACUUUGAAAGCCGGCUUGGACAACUGGACUUGUCAUCACCUGACACUGGGAUGGACAUUUUCCUACUUACUUUUUUUCCGCACUGUUACUUACUUCAACUAUCCAGAGCCAACACCAUUCACCAAUGCUGUGCAACUUUUGCUCACUCUUAAGCUGCUGAGCUUAGCCAUUGAGGUACAAGAACUCAUUCAGGCGAAGAAACAGGAAGUGACAACCUUUACCAAAACUCCGAUGAUUGGUGCAGUUCUCCAAAAACCGGGGCUGGUGGAGAUACUGUGCUAUUGUUACUGCUAUGUGGGGCUUAUGACAGGCCCAUUUUAUCGCUAUCGUACAUAUCAUGACUGGUUGAGCCAGAUUGAGCCUUCUGUUAUCCCUAGCUGGCGGCCGAUGCUUUCCAGAUCCAGAAUGAUCCCGAUCUUUGGAAUAUUUUUCCUGAUUGUCUCCCACUUCUUCCCCCUCGAUUACGUCCGAAGCAACGCCUUCUACGAGAGAGGACUCCCUUUUCGCAUCUUCUACAUGGUGCCCAUCUUCUUCGUCUUCCGGAUGCGCUUCUAUGUUGCGUGGCUUUGCGCCGAGUGCGCCUGCAUCGCUGCUGCUUUUGGUGCCUAUCCAGUCACUGCCAAAUCUCGGUCAGGUGGGGGACCUACAGUGGAAUAUGAGCCUUUAAGUCGCAGAUCAGCUGACGGGGAAGCAUCCAGUGUUGCCUAUGAUUAUGAGACUAUCAAAAACAUUGAUCCGCACGGGGCAGAUUUUUGUGUCAAAGUAAAGGAUGGCAUGCGCUAUUGGAACAUGACUGUCCAGUGGUGGUUGGCACAAUACAUCUACAAAAGCGCACCGUUCCACUCCUACGUCCUGAGGAGUGCCUGGACAAUGCUUAUCUCGGCCUACUGGCAUGGGAUCCACCCUGGGUAUUACCUCAGCUUCCUUACCAUCCCGCUCUGCUUAGCAGCUGAGGGAGCCAUGGAGAGUGGAUUCUUGAGGCACCUCUCCCUGUCGGGGCGUCUUUGGGGUGACUGGAUACAGUGGUUUCUGAAGAUGAGGGCUUAUGACUACAUGUGUAUGGGUUUUGUGUUGCUUACCUUUGAGGAUACCAUUCACUAUUGGAGCUCAGUCUAUUACUGCAUCCAUGUGGGAGCUGUGGUUUUCCUCAUCCUGGGAACAGUGUUGGGGGCCAAGAGGAAAUGGGGCUCCCCAAAAGGCAAACAGGGUGCUUCAGAGAACCCCCAGCAGCAGGAAUGAGAAGGCAAAGUGAUGUUGCCAUAGCAAGGAAUCCUAUCAUAGGCCCUGGAGGCUAAGGGAACAAAUAAGACUCAGUGUAAGUUUAAUUUUGAUAUGUCAUGACUAGGUGGGGAUUGAAGGAAUAAUCCGAGAUUGAACUCAGAAAUCCCUACUUUUGGUCUGCUUUGUGACAAGGCGAUUUGGACAUCCUAAAAAUAUUGCCACCUAGGCUAUUCUACUCAGCACCAGGGGAUUCUGAAGAAACUUCUCCAGAUCUUAACUUCUAACCCAAUGUUUCUCAGCCUCAGCAAUUUUAAGAUGUAUGGACUUUAACUCACAUGCUGGCUGGGGAAUUCUGGGAGUUGAAGUCCAUCUUAAAGUUGUGGAGGUUGAGAAAUACUGUUCUGACUCUCUCUUUUGUUAGGUUUCUUUCUGGCUCUCACUCUAUUUCCAUACAGUUUGGAAAUUUUACUUCUGACUCCUCUCUAGUCUUGGGGGGGGGGGUUGUUUUUUCAUUUUUUUUUAUGUCCAAAUCUCAGCCAUUUCAUAGCAUAAAGUAAAGGAAUUACACCCAACUGGCUGUUAUGGAACUAUAACUCCCAAGAACUCCAGCCAAAUUUAACAAUAUUAUAGGCAGUGGAAUUUAUACUAUAGCUGUACAACAUCUGGUGGAUCACACUUCUCUGUCCUUUAAUUAGUAGAAAAUUUUAAUACGCAUUCUGUAACUAAGUGGUCCUUGUUUCUCAUUGUCGUUUUUAUUUUCUUUAAAUGUUAUAAAUAUCUGGACAUUUAGUGAGAUUUCUUGAAAGGGUGAAUUUGGGACUUUGUCCUUGGGUAGAUAAGGAGGCUGUCAUAUUUGAGCUGCAAAAAUCAGGAUGGUCACUAGAGGAUAGCUCCCAUCUAAUGGUCAUCCAGAUUUUGGCAACUCAAAUAUGGUAAUUAUAUACAGGCUCUAAGAUUUAACCCCAAAAAAAAUUCCAUCCUAAUGUUUUCGAUCAUUUGUACAGUGAGGAUGUGCAAAAAUGUGUUAGGUCUCACAGAAUCUUGAAUCGGUGACUCUUUUGCUCAAAGAGAUGAGAUUCUGGAAUGUAAGAAGAUUUUUACAGGGCUGGAACCUGUUACAUAAAAGUGACGGAAACACAAAGGUUAGUUUGCUAAUGCGUAGGUACAGGUGGGCUGGUGAAAAAGUGAAGGAAUCAGAUGUUGCACACAAAGACUGUCAUAUUUAAAUAUGAUACUGUUGAGCAUAAGGAACAAAUGCAUGUUUGAUUUUUUUUUUAGCCAUGAUAUUUGGGCUGAAAAAAAAAUAAAACUUUUUAGGGCAUAUAGGGCUGUGUCUUAUGGGACCUAAAAUGUAUGCACUGAGUAUAAAAGGGUGGAUUUCAGUUUGGAAAACAAACAAAUAUAUUAACUAUCAGAAAAAUGAUUACUCAGGUAAUAUGUUUAUGUCUUGAGAAAACUAUACAUGAACCUGCUUGUGUUUGCAUUAUUUGGUCCAAGCAAGUAUUUUAUUGGAAGGUACUUGGAAAAUAAAAGAAGAAAAAAAACACACAAAAA